UGAGUUUUGAUUGGUUGAGGAAGACCAUUAUCUUCUUCGCGACUGCGUAUACAUAGAAGCGCGCCACGUAUAUCGCCAUCUAGUGUUCACGUUGCUCAGCGGUCAAAUGUGCGAGAAAUAAAGAGCGAAGAAGAAAAUAUUCAACUUUUAUUGGUCAAAAUUCGACGCGCGGAAGUAACUUUCCGGUGAAAACUUAAUAAGAACAACAACACUGCUAUUUUACAUCUCACAACGUGUCAUUGUAGGUAACUCAGCACAAUUUAUUUCCUCUUCGUUGGGGUUAUGGAAGGGAGGUGCGUGGUUGAGACGGUGACAGAUUUUGGCUUUUGUUCGGCAUCAAGCAUACUGAAAGUGAGCUCCUCUUCUGGGACCGAUGUGUUCCUGUGUAUUGGAAGCGAUGAGGUUUUUGUCUUCAACUACCAAGACAGAAAAUUGAAGGCAAUCUUUCUCUUUCCUGAUUAUGUGAGGGAUCUGGUUCUAAAUGAAGACAAGCACACCCUCUACGUGGCUUGCUGCAGUGGCGUUUACUGCAUCUGUUUGUCAUCUUUGCCGUCCAGGGUUCAAAGGUCAGACGCCUCCUGUAUUGCACCUCAAGUGAAAGUAUCUAAUGAGCAUCUUGUAAUCAGAGAAGAUGGAAUAUUAGCCCUACUCUUAGUUAACUCUCUGCUCCUGACUCUUCGACUAACAAACACAUCCUGGCUGCUGACACGCUACAGAAUAGCAGAAGACUCCACAUUCAGCCGCUAUGAAAUGCUCGGUUCAUUUAAAGUGCCCGUGAUAUCAGACUCUGAUCAUCACAGCUCAGAUGAGUGGAGUGAAAAGAAGCCAGUGCUGUUCUGUGUCCACUCUGCAGACGCGCCGUCUUCAUCGAACUUGCCCAGUGGUCACAUCUGCCUCGACCCCAUUCUCUUUAAAGUUCUGUUCGGGGUGGACGUAGCUCUCGCCAAAUCGCCAGUUGUUUUAUGUGGUUUGCCAGACGGCCGUCUGUGUUUUGUUGCUCAUCGUGUACCAGGAUCACAACUCCGAGUCCUCUACAGCCUUGAGCAGCCUGUGGUGUUUAUUGGAACCCAAACAAACUCGUCCAGCUUUUUGGUAGCACUGAGCCAACAAGGAAAAGUUGUGCUUGUCACACUUAAGCAAAAAGGACUGCAAGGAGGUGGCGUCACAGCUGCAUUUACCGAACUGUGUGUCCCGGGACCUGUGGUUUGUGCCUGUCUAGAUAAAUGCUCCCUUUACUACAGCAUUGGUUCAGACCUGCUGGCACUAGAUCUGGUACUGGCCUCCACUGGUGGAUCAGAGGCAGAAAAGGGAGGAUCUCAGAAGAGAGCUGCUGCCCCUCAGAACAUCAGUUUAAAUGUGUGUAGAGUCAUUGCCUUGGCAGAACAUGUGAAGAAUAUUGAAGGUAAAAUUCAGCUAGUCGGACUGUCUAGCAGAGGUCAGCUCCAAAUAAUCCGUUUGCCUGCUGGCGUGCAAGAUGGAGAGUCGUCUUCUCAUGCUGGCCGCAGCAUCAAAGAUGUCCUUUCAGCCAUUGGAGAUGUUUGUGAGAGAGCAUCAGUUUUGAAAACGUCUAUCAAAGCCAGUAACCAAACUCUGACACACCUGAAUCAGGUGCUCAACAUUAGCUUCUUAUUGAAGGCCGACGACAAGAUGGAGAAACAAAUCAGAUGUCAUGCCACGACCAGCUGGAGCACAUUGCUUCAAGAAGACUCUUUGAACUUAAAAUACAUCCUGGAUAAUGGAAGUUCUUAUAUUUUGGAGCGAGGAUGGACACUCGACAUUACACUGUCUUCCAUGUGCGACUCCACCGAGGUGGAAAGCUGCUCCACACAUUAUUCAUUCCCAUUUCAGAAUCUUCACCCAGGCGACAAACUGGAGGUUUCUCUACCACUGACUACUGAAGGACACUGGUCAUUCCCUUGCACUGUUUCAUGUUCCCUCACUUUCACCCUCUCAAGUAUCCUCGGAGAAGAGGCGUUAACAGAGCUUUCAGAGGGUGGUCUUGUUAGUUUGCCAUUAAACACACUGACUGUGGACUGGUUACACACCCUGCGGGUAGUCAGUCCGGCAGAUGUCAAGAGAAACGCCACACCUCGACCUUACGACGUCACUACAAUGGACACUGUCCGAGCUUUUUUGAAAUCACGCGGCAGUUUGAGAGGUGAUGCGGUGAACAAGCAGCAUUCUACGUGCAUUAAGGUGUCAUCACAGUUGCUGAGAGAGAUGUUGAAAGCUUCUGAGGGGACGUCAAACGUGGGCAUCUCAUUGCUGGACUGGCUAAUCUGUGAAGACCACGGAGGGGUGAAAAGCAAGGAGCAAGGAGAUGUGAAGACCCUGAACAGCUCAGUGAUCCAUGCGCGAGCUCCGAACGGGCACCUCAUAAAGAUGACGGCAAAAGAGGUUGUUCAGGUUAACCAAACAGAGGACAGUGCUGUGACGCAAGAGGCCCCCCUGGCUAUCGUUGAGGUUCAUGUUGAGAGUUCCUCAUUGGCAGCUGUAUGUGGAAUGCAUCAUGCAGUCUUGCAGAGACUACAGAAUUAUUUGCAGAAGGCGCCUGAAAAGUCUUCCACACUCAGUAUGCAAAGUUUACGUGUUAGAGAUGCCCUACAGCAUGCCCAGAAAAUGUUGCAAAAGCUCCAGCAAAGUAGAGUCUCCUGCAGCUUUGGUGAGGGCACGUCCACAGGCAAAAUGACAUCAUGUCUUCUCAGUGUGUAUGAAGAACUUCGAGAAAAUUCUUUGCUUAUUAUUUAACAUCUGUGUGUGCAUUCACAAAAGUGUAGAAUAAAUGUAGCUCACUCAUAUAAACCUAGAAACCAACCAUUUAGUAUUCCAAUAGGGGGCAGCAUAUUACUGUAAACUAUUUAGUCAUACGAGUCAGCAAAAAUAGGACGUGUGUAACUCCUUCACAAGAAUGUAAAUUCUUAUUUUUUGAGAAAGUACCUCACUUUGUAUAAAAAAAAAUUGUAAAAAUCACAUGGGAAAACAGGUUUCAUUGCUGUUUUUAUGUAGCUAAGCGCUUAUACAAUUAGCAAAAACAUUACGAUGGCUCAUUGUGGACUUUGUUUAGUUCAAGGCACACACCAUUUUCACUUGACAGUUUCUGUAUUUGAUUUCCCUAAAAACAGACAAAAUAUACACAAAACUGACAUAACUAAAUUUGGACCAUUUUGUGCUGCUUAUUUUGCCUCAUUUGCAUACUGCACGGUAGUCGUUUCAUACCAAGCAGGAUUAUAUUUAACCUUAUUUCAUAGAUGGAUAGGGGAAAAUCAAUCAUUAUAGCAAAAUAUAACAAUUUCCAUAGAAAAUGGUCAUUUUAAAAUACACAGGCUAACACUUUGACAUUGGUAAUAUUAACACUGGUUUGAGUUUCACCGCAAAUAUCUAAUAAAAUGUGACCAAAAAACUAGCGUAAGCAAACUACAUUUAGUGGACAUGAGUGUUACUUACAGUACAAAACAGUACCAUCUUCUACAGUUUCUUGAAACCUGAUCUCAUCUGCUAAUAAACUCCCUGGGACAGAUGUACCACACUAAUAAGGGACUCUUUCUAAAAGGUGACCCUCCAUUUUCCCUUAACAGUGCCUGUGUCUUUCUCAAAUGACCCCCAUGAGUGGCAAGUGUCAUUACACAUCGAAAGCAGCAUUUAGUUUCCUUGGAGGAAGAAAGGAUGGGGAGAAAUUGAGUAGUGUGGAGUUCGUGACUCUAUCGAGGGGUUAAUAAUGUGAAAAACUAUUCAACAAAUGUUAAAUAGAAUAAAAGCAUUAGACAUCUUUGGAAAAUCCAUCUAUCUCGUCCAUCCAAGUUCCAAUUUCUAGACACUUAAGUCUCCAUGACGACGGAACCAAAAGCAAGGUCACAGGUAUGUUUUUUCCCUAGUUAUUAAUACUCCCACAAAGCUGAGCUGCUCAGGCUGAGUCCAUCUGCUUUAAGUGUUCCUCCUUGGUCUCCCCGCAGAUACCGUCCAUUCUUGCUUCGGAUGGCGAGGCGGCCGCGCUCCAUGAGCUCCACGCUGAAAUCUUCUGGGACUUCACCAUCCGAGCAUACCAACCCGGUGCUGUUGACGUACCAGAAGCGGCCAUUCACACCUGCGCGGUAAAUGGAUGACAUCACUGAUGGUAAAAACAAGGUUUUAACGAAAAUAAGACGAGCACUCAGAGACACAGGCGUCCGCUUAAGCAGCCAACUUUAAAACAUCACAAUAUUUUGUAGAGUUGGCACUCCCUUUAAGUAUUAAAAAAGCAGAGAUGGGUAGUCACGUGUUAGAUUUACUCCGUUACAUUUACUUGAGUAACUUUUUGAGAAAAAUGUACUUCUAAGUAGUUUUACUAAGCAAUACUUUUUUCUUGAGUAGAUUUGUGAAGUAGAAACAUUACUCUUACUACACUACUUUGGGAUACACUUGUCACUACAUUUUUCUUCUUUAUUCUCCUUAUUAGAUUUUACUUUUAUUUUUUUGCCAGCGAUGCCAACAGUAGCUCUACCAAUUUCACCAAUUAGAUACUGCAACAAUAAUCACAUGCCUCCAUUACACAAAUCAGACUCAAGCUUGCCGUUCUAUGAUCACGCCAGCCUGUUCAAUCACGUGGCGUCUUUAAAGCACCAUGAAAAAAAAAGUAUUUGACAGAGCACUGCCCUCAAUAUGACUCGAAAUCGCGGAUUUUAAUCUUUCUCCCAGGUAGGCAUGUGCCGGUUACCGGUUUCACGGUUUACCGUGGUGUGAAAACGUCGCGGUUUCAAAACCACUAAAAUUUCCCGUCAGACCGUAGUACGGUAUUCGCUAUUUUUCUUGUGUCAAAAAUGCAGCCAGAAGCGGCUUGGCGCAGCAGCGCUCACCCCCUCCCGUUUGUUGCUGUGUGUGAAAGUGACGCUGUCGGCUAGCCAGCCAGCUAACCCAAAAACAGAUACUCCAAACAUAAGGCGUACUGUUCUUUAAUUUAUUGAGCUCUCAAAUCGUGGUAAGUCUAAUAUACAAAAUGAAUACAUUUAAAAUGUGGUACAAUUAGAUUUUUCCAUGUGAGUAGCUUCAACAGAUUAGCACCAUGGAAAAAGUUCGCCAAAAACAAAACACACAUUUUCCUUUCAAAUUCAAUAUAAAAACUAACUAAAAGCUUACAAAGACGAUUGUUAGCCUAGGCUUACCUGGGAGAGCAACUUCGUUGAGUGUGACAGCCGCAGAGUGAGAAAACAAGCUUGAGUCGCUUGAAUGAAGGGGAAAAAGUGAUAGCGUCAAAGAUCGCUAAUUGCGAAAGAUGAUCUUGCCCUAAGCACAAAUCCACGUUCGCUGGAUCAAGGAGAGGUCUCACUCCCAAUGUUUUUUUAAUUUUAUUUUUUAGAUGAAACCUUUCCACAACAAUAUAGACCCUACCCACGUGACGUCACAACUCCUUCCUCCUGACUGGUGCCGCCCAAUUGUCCGUCAACACAUCAUGUUUCCCUGUUACGGCUACGUACAUUCCUCCUAUUUACGACGUGUUUUUCUGCUCGUUAACAUUAAUAAUCAAAAUGGUGAAGGCGUGUGUGGCGGUCGGUUGCAAUAACAGAGAAGAUAGACGGAGAAGACGGAGAGACUUGAAGUUCUACCGGAUUCCGAGAGACCCGGAGAGAAGAGAGCGAGAUGGGCUGCUGCAAUUCGACGAGAAAACUGGGCUCCAAACGAUUACCACAGAUUACGUAGUAGUCAUUUUAUAUCUGGUAAGAUGCAUUUAAUAUAUAUUUAGAGGGUUUUGGGCUGACAACCACAAUUAAGAUCAUUGCUAGGCUAAUCGCCGACAACAUACACGUAUGGAUGCGUUGAGAGUGCUAUCGCUAAACCAUAUAAACAUUAAAAGCCCUAACUCCAUUGACAAACGACAUGAAAUACAUUAGACUUGACAGUGGAUGUUAGCAAUAACAAAAGAUUUUGAAUUGAAAAUUUCGUAACUCACCUUUCCAAGCACAAGAUAGAUUCCUGCCGAAUUUUCGUGGACGAGGACCUGUUUCACCCAACCAGCAACGAAGUAUUUAUAAGCCUCCAAGCUCUUAAAGUUUUUCAUACUUUCGUGUGAAUAGGCUGAUUUUGUGUGGACAAGAUAGUUGUACAGUUCAGGGUAGCUAGCAGAUGUCAGGCAAAUACGGCGGAGACAGCGGGUCGAAAAACAUCGAUUUAGGCAUCAAAUAUGGAUCUGGCGAAUGGAUAAACUGAAGCUUUUCCACAUAACGCCUUUUAUGCAACGCAUCAAGUGAGUUUACGGCAUCCGAAAGCACCGGGUCUUCCAUGAAAUGCAUUAUAAAUUGCUCGAUCAAUUGAGACCAUUGAUAAUACAGACACAAAAUGACGGACAAGUGGGCGGAACCAUACAGCGAGCACGUGAUUUUGUGACGUCAGUGGGUAGGGUCUAUUGACAUUUUAACUAACUUAUACAUUUUUAAGUAACUUAUGAAUUCUUUAUGUUCUUUUUAACACAAAGGCAUGACAUCAUGUAGACUAGAGUUGACACAGUCGCUGAAAAUGGCGAAACUUAAGCUUUUCCACCCUCAAAAAAAAAGUCAUGCAGUAUAAAUUUCUAAAAAAAUUUAUUCAGAAGUGUUUUUACUUUUUUAUAGAAAUUAUUUUGUUCUUGAUCUAAUCUUGAGCAACUUGAGCUGUGGCUGUGAGUAUAGUCUAUAAGUUAUAUUUAGUUUAAUUUUAUUUAAAAUAUUUUUUUUUUUGAUUAUUUAUUUUAACAAUAUAUUCAUGUUCCAAUUUGCAACUAUGGUCUGAAAAAAAAACCUCCUGUUCAAUGGAAAAAAGUUUUUUUUUUUUAACCCAUACAUCUCAAAAUUUUUUGGAGCUAUAAUUACAACACCGUGAAACCACAGUAUUUUUGCUCACGGUUAUCGUACCGUCAAAAUAUCAUACCGGCACAUGCCUACUCCCAGGGUUAUUUGGCACCGAUUGACCAUGGAAACCAUGAUAUUACCCUUUUAAUUUCAUAACUAUUCAAAUUAGGAACUAUUUUCUCCACUAGAGGGCACUCAUGCUCUUUGGACAAACGAUGCUUCAUUUCAGAAAAAGACAUUUUUUCUCUUGCUGGAAUUCAAUUUGUUUUCUGCAUUCCUUUUGCUUAACGUGGUUACGUAAUGGUUUAUAGUACAGAAUAAUAAUAACAGUUCAUAUUGAUAGCUUUGAUGAGAAAAAAAUAUUGUUAAAAAAAAACAAACAUUGUAAGCAGUUACUAACAGUGUUACUCAUUACUUGAGUAUUGUUUUCACCCAAAACUUUUUUUUUUUUUUUUUUUACUUGUAUUUGAGUACUUUUUUUGGAUGACUACUUUUACUUGAGUAAUAUUAUUUUGAAGUAACCCUACUCUAACUUGAGUAUAAUUUUGGCUACUCUACUCACCUCUGGAAACAAGUUAUUAAAAAAUUCCUUUUCUGACCUGUGUGACAUUUUUACUCCAAAAAUGUAAUCACCUCCACUGAUUGAUAAUAAUCCCUUAAAGAAUUUCUUGAGUUAUCUUGAAUACCGACAGACAAAUGUACAGAACCGAAUGCACGCCCUCCGCUACCGUUAUUAUUAACUUACAUAAUAUUAUACAGAAUCAGUUUUGUUUGAGAAGGCGCCUUGCAUGCUGACCUUUAAUGUGAUAGAAGCCAUUGCUAAAUUGCAGGCUGAAAGUGUCAUAAAUAGAUCUGCUGGCAUCUAGAGUGUUGGAGUUCUUAUGAUGGCAGAUGAAACCAUUCUCCCCUCGGAGGAUCAACAUUGGCCGAUUGAUCAGUUUCAGACUCAGCUGUUCGUCCUCCCCUGACAAAACAAAACAACGACUUUACAAAAAGAAAUUCGAAGUAGGAUUUGCGAAGGAAUCGCUCACCUAUAGAAUCACUGACAGCUAGUAAUUGACCAUUCUUCUUAGUGCAGAUGUAUUUUCCAUUGUUUGCUUUUAACGCCAUCUUGUGACCGAGCCACUCCAUUGCAAACAUGCUGUUUGCUGACCUAAAUUGCAAAAUCAAAGUCUUUUAUAUUGACUGAAAGUUUAAUUACACUCAUAUCUUAAGACCAACAGAAUAAUGAGCUGAAAGUGUCCACUGCUUUUAGCCAAUUACUUAACCAAGAUAUUUAUCCUUGACAUUUAGGCUAUCUCUGUUGGAAUAAGAGCAUCACUCACACUUCUGAGGCUGUACUCUGGAUGCCUCCGUGGGCAACCAGGGUCCAGUAGUUCCCUUGGCUGGUGCGAAAAGUACACUUCAUGUUCUCCUUGUCCAUCUCCAUCUGAAACGUCUCCAAAUCCGUCUCAUCUUCCUGGUUGGCGGCGAGGCUUACUCCUGGGACAGGAAGAUGGAUACUGUACUAUUUAGGCUUCAGAUCACAGAAACCUAGCCCGUUUUGAUGGUCUUAGAUUUACUUAGUGGUGGGAAGUAAAGUGUACUACUUAGUUACUGUACAGUACAGUAGGCAAAAGGUUUGGAUCACAAAUUUAAGGAGGGUACGAAACGAUAUCUAUUUUUUUUUGACAGGGAUACAACAUCUGCUGAUAUUACAAAAUCUGUCACGAUUAGAUUUGAUUCAAGAGCCUUCAAUCGAUUUAAUAUAAUAUUAUGUACACAUUCAGUUCCAUUAUGUACUGUAGAUAAAUGCGCUAUAUAAAUGCUCUCCAUUCAUUAGUUAGUUUAUUAGUUAUAUCAUUUUGACAAUGUUGUUGCUGAACCGUUUCAGGCAUUUAAAUGAAAAUGUUUGAUAACAUCAUCGUAAUGUAUCAUUACACAAUUUAUUUUCCACUAAUAUAUUCUGCACAGGUGUUUCAUAUUUCAAUGUGCAGUUGCUGGUAAUGUCGUCAUUGUAGAAUGGAGAAGAAAAAAAAAGGUUAUUUGUCACAUGACAAGUAGACACAGACAUUGCGUAGGCCUAAACCCUUAAUUAGAUGCAUAACACAAUAUCCCCAAUGAAUAUUCUUAAUCCUUUAACAACAGUCCGCUUAUCUCUCCCUUCUUUCUGGUCAUCCUUCUCUAAUAAUCUUCUUUUCCUCCUCCGCCUUCUCCUCCUCCUCACCCCUGACCCCCCCCAAACCCCCACCUUGGACCCCGUAACCCCACCUUUGGGGCCUGCCUAUCUGCCCUCUUUCACAGCUGGGUUCGGAUAUAAUCAGCUUUUGAGUGCUGCAUGCCCGUCCAGCCCCUCAAUCCCCUCAAUAAAAAAAAAAGCAAAAAAAAAAACAGGAAGAGUGGAGGAUUUAUAGGUCUACACUUAGCAGGAUGUGCAGAUAAUUGGCAACGCCACUCAAGUCUUAGGAAGCCAAUGAUCAAAUGUAGGCGACGAAUGCGCAUUUACAAUAAUAAAAUAUCUCCGAAGGGAAGAGGGCUUUUCUGCUGCUUAAAAUGCUAUAUUAGGUAUAAAUGUAUUCAGAAUAGAUUUGCUGCUAUUUGACAAGCAAUUGUCCACAGAUUGGUGCUGUUUGGUAGGUUAGCGUAAAACUGUAUAUUUUUUUUAAAGGAUUUUUUUUUUUUUUUUUUUUUAAAGGAACAUCGGACUUAAAGACUUGUAGGCUCUAGUAAGCCACAAUUUUUCCAUUUUACUAAAAUAAUGUAAUUAGGAACACAUAUGUUAUUGCCAUGAAUUUAAAAAUCUAUUAUACACUACUGGCCAAAAGUACUGGCACC